AUGAACAAAGACGACGUCCCCAAGGUAUCAUUCAUUACCGACUUUGGUGUCUUCUGUUAUUUGGUUAUGGCAUUUGGACUUAAGAAUGCAGGGGCUACAUACCAACGCCUAGCAAACAAGAUGUUCAAACAUCUGAUAGGUAAAACUAUGGAAGUAUACAUUGAUGAUAUGCUGGUGAAGAGCUUAAAUAAAGCAGAUCACCUUGAACAUUUGAAAGAAGCUUUUGAAGUCCUGAGGGCGCAUAAGAUGAUGUUAAACCCGACCAAGUGUGCCUUUGGGGUUGGAUCCGGGAAGUUUCUUGGUAUAAUGGUCUCUAAACGUGGUAUUGAGGCCAACCCUGACAAAAUAAAAGCUAUCCUCGACAUGGAACCUCCCAAGAGUGUAAGGGAUGUACAGAAGUUAACAGGAAGGAUUGCGGCCCUGGGAAGAUUUGUAUCCAAGUCGGGAGACAAAUGCUUACCUUUCUUCAAAGCCUUGAAAAAGGUUAAGAAUUUCGAAUGGACAGAAGAAAGCCAAGUAGCUUUUGAGGAACUAAAGAAGUACAUGGCAGAGCCACCUCUUCUAUCAAAACCCAUUGAUGGUGAGACCCUGUAUGUAUACCUAGUUGUUUCAGAACAAGCAUUGAGUGCUGUAUUAGUUCGAGAGGAGUUGAAGGUUCAGAAACCGGUGUACUAUGUGAGCAAGGUUUUGCAUGGAGCGGAACUCAAUUACUCGAUGAUCGAAAAGUUCGCUUUGGCCAUGAUUACGGCCUCAAGAAAGUUAAGACCAUACUUUCAAUCCCAUAAAAUAGAAGUCUUGACAGACCAACCUCUUCGAAACGUUAUACAUAGCCCGAAGGCUAGCGGAAGAUUAAUUAAGUGGGCAAUUAAGGCACAGGCUUUAGCUGACUUCCUCGUUGAAUGUACCAUUAACAACGAGGGAGUCGGGGGGCAGGAAGACAAGGUAGAAGAGCCCACCAAGGAACCUAAAGAAUACCGGUUGCUAUUUUUUGACGGAGCUUCAAAAACAAAAGGUAGUGGUGCAGGAUUGGUGCUCCAGAGCCCUGAUGGCUUUACGGUGGAAUAUGCUAUUAAACUAGAUUUCCCAACCACUAAUAAUGAAGCCGAGUACGAGGCACUGAUAGCUGGGCUUGGUUUGGCUAGAACCUUGAGGGUAAAGAACUUGAAAGUCUGUGGCGACUCAAAACUCGUAGUUUUCCAAGUGAAUGGUGAGUUUGAAGCUCGUGAGGAAGCUAUGUCAAAGUAUCUAAGGAUUGUGAAGACCCAGAUGGCACAAUUUGAAGAAUGCCUAGUAGAGUAUGUACCAAGGGAGGAAAACACUAAGGCUGAUGCCUUGUCGCAGUUCGCAUCCUCUGAUGACGAGUUAUGUUCAGGAAGCGUUUAUUAUCAGGUUUUGAGAACCCCGAGCAUCGAAGCAAAAUUAGUGGCUCCCAUUGAUACAGGGGCAACCUGGAAGGAUGAGAUUAAGUUAUAUCUGGAAAAGGGACACUUACCGCCGAAUGCUGAUGAAGCACGAAAGCUGCAAGUAAGGUCCCUCAAGUAUGUACUCAUUGAGGGGAUCCUGUAUAGGAAAUCGUUCGUUAUUCCUUAUUUGAGAUGUUUAAGGCCAGAUGAGGCUAGGGAAGCCCUCAGAGAAGUUCAUGAAGGCGUGUGUGGCCAGCACCUUGGGGGAAGGGCGUUAGCUCACAAAGUCACCCGUCUAGGAUUUUAUUGGCCUGAUAUGCUAAAGCAUGCCCAAGAAUAUGUGAAGAGGUGCGAUCGAUGUCAAAGGUUCGCACCGAUAGUGCGAUAG